AUCGCUCAAGGUGUCAAAAACCCUAAACAGAAUACACUGACGCUACCUCUUUCUUCUUCAUUUUCACCCCCAAUGCCAUUUCUCCAGAUUUGAUGCUCCAUCCAUGGCGUCCAAAAUGGCGAUUCUCUCUAGAACUCAUUCUCUAAUCAGAACCACAAGCCUCAACAAUGUCUGCUUCUUCAAGCCCAUUUCCACCUUCACAUAUCUCUCUCAAGAACCUCAGCUCGUUAAUGAACCAGUGGACAUUUCUUUAACUCCACUCCCACCGAAUCCCGCCUCUGGUAGUCCACUUUACAAUGAGAACUGGCGGAAUCCGCUCAACAACUAUUCUAUGGCUCAGUCUAUGAUUCCGGAUGGUUUUCUUAGCCAAUCCCCGAACUAUCGUAUUCAAGCAUUGUCUCAAACGCUUGAUGUUCAAGGCUUGUUGAGUGUUUUUGCUGAUUGGAUGGCUUCCCAGCGCUGGGAAGAUAUGAAGCAGUUGUUUGAGUUUUGGAUUCGGUCGCUGGAUAAGGAUGGGAAGCCUAAUAAGCCAGAUGUUAACUUGUAUAACAAUUAUUUGAGGGCUAACUUGAUGUCUGACGCUACGCCUGGAGUGCUUCUUGAUUUACUGACUCGAAUGGAGGACUAUGCGAUCUCACCCAACACUGCAUCAUUCAAUUUAGUAUUAAAGGCGAUGUACCAAGCUAGGGAGACCGAGGCUGCUGAAAAAUUGCUUGAACGUAUGUUGCAGACAGGAGAAGAGUCAAUGCCUGAUGAUGAAUCAUAUGAUUUAGUAAUUCGAAUGCUGUUGUCAACAUAUCAGAUUGAUGCUGCCUUGAAAUAUAUUGACUUGACCUCAAAACCAGGUCAUAUGCUGUCGUUGAAAGCAUUCAGUGAAUGUGUGAGGAGCUGUGUUAGAAAAGGCAGGCUGGACACACUGGUGUCGGUAAUUGAUAAGUGCAAGGCAACUGUCGAAAAUAAAGCUCUUAGCCCAACAUGGAACUCGUGUUAUGAUAUUGCUAUAGCCGCAACUCAACAGGAUAAUAGUAAACUAGCUUACUAUGCUCUUGAAUUUAUGGCCCAAUGGAUUGCUCGAGGUGAAAAUGCAAGGCCUCCAGUUCAUCUUUCAGUAGACGAAGGAUUAGUUGUAUCCACUCUUGGAACUGCAGGUAGAACCUACAGUUCCUCUCUUUUAGAUGCAGCUUGGUCAGUUCUAAAGCGCUCAUUACGGCAAAAGAAGGUUCCAAAUCCUGAAUCUUUUCUCGGAAAGAUUUAUACUCUUGCAUCACUUGGGAAUCUGCAGAGGGCCUUUAGUACUCUACGUGAAUUUGAAGAGGCUUAUAGGAAUUCUGAUGAUGGAUCUUGUGAAGAUAUGUUUUCUCCGUUCACUUCUUUACAUCCAUUAGUUGUGGCGUGCUCUAAGAAGGGUUUUGAGACCCUGGACUUGGUUUAUUUUCAACUGGAAAACUUAAGCCGUGCAGAUCCUCCUUACAAGUCUGUUGCUGCAUUGAACUGUGUGAUUUUAGGCUGUGCAAAUAUAUGGGACCUUGAUCGUGCAUACCAAACGUUUGAAGCAAUCGGUUCAAGUUUUGGUUUGACCCCCAACAUCCAUUCAUACAACGCUCUGAUGUAUGCAUUCGGAAGGCUAAAGAAGACAUUUGAAGCUGCAAGGGUAUUUGAACACUUAGUAGGUUUGGGCAUCAAACCAAAUGCAACAUCUUAUUCAUUGCUUGCUGAUGCUCAUCUCAUUAACCGCGAUCCCAAAUCUGCUCUUGCUGCAAUCGAUAAUAUGGUAACGGCGGGAUUCGCACCUUCAAAAGAAUUGCUGAAAAAGGUGAGGAGGCGAUGCAUUCGAGAGCAGGAUUACGAUAGUAAUGAUAAGGUGGGAAACCUGGCCCAGAAUUUCAAAAUUCGAAUGGGAUCAGAGAGCCGUAGGGAUAUUCUAUUCAAUCUGAACUACGGCAGCAAUUAUGAUGCAUAGGAUCACCAUUCCUACUUGGAAAAUCUGAACUGCGGUAAUUGGUAUGUCAAACCUGCUAGAGUUUGUCUCUUAAAUUAAAUGCUAUCCUGUAUUUGUAAAUUAUUAGAGUCUACAAGCUUCUCAAGUACGGCAGGAUGAAUGUUAGGAUCAUGCCUUCUUUUCUCUCAUUAUAGAUUCAAAUUAUAUUUGUUUUUUGUUCCCUAAAGUUCAAAUUAGAGAAGCAGAACUGAGUAGUUCAGACAUUUUGAUUUUGACGAAUAAUAUGGCCAACUGAUUUCUAUGACCCUGUCAGCAGUUUUUGACCUAUUAAA